CGCCCGCAAACCCCUCCACAUACACACGGAUGGCCACAGUAGACGCAAGCGGAAAGGCAUAGCGGCAGGUUGCGUUUUCCGCCGAUGGCGUGCUUCGUGGCUUGGCCGAGCACUCUCGAGCCUAUUUAUAUGACACCGUUACGCGGUCCAACCUUACUGUAUCAGUUUGACCGUUCCAGCAAGCACGAACUAUGCGCAGGGUUGUGAUCAGUAGUGGUGGUAGUAGUAGUAGUAUACCCAGUGUCUCCUUCCGGUGUGUUGCGUUGAUGUUUGAGGGCAGUUUGACAAUUACUAAGGUGAACGCGUCUACUUAGACGGCGAGUGUCUGUGUGCGCAAACGGAGCAGGCCAAGUGAAGUGAUCGUCUUUUAAAUGAUCUUUUAAAACAAACGAUCGCCGUUUUAACACUAUUGUAAAGAAACAAAAUUUCGGUUAAAGAAAAAAAAAGAAGUGUCUGUGUGUAGUUUAAAUUGUUGGCACACCUCAGUUCAUCAGUUCCGCUCAGCCCCCGGAGGACAUCCGUUGUGGCAUAUUCUGCUAAGAGUAAACACCACGAUAGACGGCUUAAAAAACAUAAAAACACACACACACGACGCCAAAAUGAGCUUUCAACGACGCACAUCAGAGAAGACGACGGAGCUGACGGCUUCGGUGCCGGUCAAGCUGCUUACCGCCGGAUCGGCUGCCUGCUUUGCCGACUUCAUAACCUUCCCGCUGGACACGGCCAAAGUGCGACUACAGAUUCAAGGCGAACAGCCCGUUAGAACGGUCGCCAUGGCUCCAGCACUGAACACAUCGGCCUCCCUUAAGCUGAACCCGAUACCCGUCCCGGCGACACAGCACGUACAGUACCGUGGCCUGGUGGGUACGAUCACCACCAUCACCCGGCAGGAAGGCUUCCGGACGCUGUACAAUGGGCUGUCGGCUGGCUUGCAGCGUCAGCUGUGCUUCUGCUCCAUCCGCCUCGGGUUGUACGAUACGGUGAAAACGUUCUACGGUUCCCUGCUCAAAGAAAACGAAGCUGGUCUUCAGAUUGGAACACGCAUCCUAGCCGGUCUCACGACGGGCGGUGCUGCCGUCAUGAUCGCGCAACCGACGGACGUAGUGAAGGUGCGGUUUCAGGCGGCCACACGCUCAUCCACCGGCCGUCGGUACGCUUCCACGCUAGAAGCGUACCGGACGAUACACCGCGAGGAAGGUGUCCGGGGGCUGUGGCGCGGUGCUAUGCCCAACGUGGGUCGUAAUGCGAUCGUCAACGUGGCGGAAAUCGUGUGCUACGACGUGGUGAAGGACUGCCUGCUGCUGUACGCCCACAUGCCCAACGACAUCCGGUGUCACUUUUCGGCCGCGGUUGUUGCGGGACUGGCCGCCACGAUCGUUGCCUCACCGGUGGAUGUGGUGAAGACGCGCUACAUGAACUCACCGCGCGGCCAGUACCGCGGAGCGAUCGAUUGUGCCAUCCGGAUGGGUGCGAAGGAAGGUAUGGCCGCAUUCUACAAAGGCUUCGUGCCAUCGUUCGCCCGGCUCGUGUCGUGGAACGUGGUGAUGUGGAUUAGCUACGAGCAGCUGAAGCUGGUCAUCUUUAACCGCAGCCAAAGCUAAGCGGACCAUUACCAGCGGGAGAAUAGAUCCUUAAGCUCAAUGGCUCGCACGGACUCACACAUCGGCUCGCACUUCCACAGAUUGUAUCUAGAGAGAGAGAGAGAGAGAGAGAGAGUGUCGACGAAGUGUUUCUUUGUGUUUGUAUAUUACUUUUUAACAUAACAAACAUGGAUAACAACCAUACUUUUAAUAUAACGCGGUAUGACUGCGACAAUGUGUGACCGAGUCAGGGCAACAGGAUCAAGCGCAUCAGGAACGCCCGACUACCGUCCGCCUGAGCUUUCCAUUUUACGAAUGUGAUAAUUUGCGUAUGUAUGUUGUAUGUUGUAUGUGCGAAAGGAACAAUGUUACGUCGUGUCUUAAUUGUACAAAAUUAAUAAAACGAUCCAAAAAGGAAGGGAUAACAAUGCUUA